ACGCGCUCGCUGAGUGAAUCAAGUCCCUCCCAGAUAGAAGCUGAGAGGAACUCUGCCGUCAGAGACCCUCUCCAGUUUGAUGACAGAAUUUUCUUACAGCCGUUCGGAAAAAUAUUUCUUUUCUUUUCUGAACGUUGUCGUGCGUCGCAGAGACGGUGGGAAGCUUUGGAUCUCCGCCGGGGACUGCGCGUUACGCACGAGGCCGAACCUUCAGCCGCGCACCAUGAAGGUAACCUUUGGCGCUCUGGUCAUCACUGCCGGGGUCUGCGGCGUUCUCAGCUUCGCCUUUCUGGCGGCUUCCCUCGGAACCGAUUAUUGGUACAUCAUAGGGAUGAACCCAAUGAACACGACCGAAGUUGAGGAUAUGAGCUCUCACUCGGGGUUGUGGAGCAUCAACGAAGGAGGGAAGAUGCAUCCUGACUCCAUUGAUUCAUUUGCAGCCGAUUCCUCCAAAUACACCGAGACCGAACUGCGCAUGCUGAGCAUGCACAGAGCCAUCGUGGUGAUGCUGCCACUCAGCCUGGUUCUCCUGUUGUUUGGGGGAAUCUGCGGACUGGUCAGCGCCCUGGCUCGGAGCCCCGUCCUGCUCACCGGCACGGCCUGUUACUUCUUCAUCAGCAGCCUGCUGACUCUUUGUGGUGCGAGUCUCUACAUCGUCUACUCCUACCAAGCUUUGGCAGAGACGAAGCGCCUGGUGGGGCCGGAGGGCCUGGCCUACAUCCACACCUCCUUCGGCUGGUCUCUGGGCCUGGCCUGGCUCUCCUACGGCCUGGAGCUGCUCACCGGAACUCUGAUGCUCAUAGCCGCACUAAAGGCCAGGCUGCGGCAGAGAGGGCCCAGUAAGGCCUGACGCUGUCUGCUGUGCCGAUCCCUGAACGUCAAAAAAACAAACUGAAGUGUUGUGGACAACUUGCAUUUUUAUUUUAUAUUUUAUUUUUUUGCAGGUGUGCAAGAGUUUCACAGGAACAGUGAUUGAGCUGUGAACAAUUGAGCCCCCUUGUGGUCCCUUCUCAUUUUGGAGUUGUUGAUCAUGGUGUUUUAUUCGAGUAUAUAUGUAAAAAGUAAAAUCUAUAAAGUUGUCCACUCUACAAACCUUAUAUCUGUUUUCAUCAUUUCAUGAGUCCUAUUUGCUGUUUUCGGUUGGAUAAUGAAAACAAAGUGUUGCUAUGUAAAAUGUGCUAAAGAAUUAUUAUGUAGUUUUCUCACGUAAUAGUUAAAAAAUGUCCAUAUGCGGAAACAUUUUUGCUGCUUUCGGACAUUUCAAGAUGGUUUUCACUUUACUGUACAGUGAUUUAUAUGAGUGUUCAUACUUUAACCUUUCUAUGAACUGUUGGGUUGCAACCACAAACAUCAAUGGAUUUUUUUGGUAGUGUAUGAUUGCAAAGUAGUUUUUAAAAAUGAUAAAAUUCUAAAAACUGUGCCCUCCAUUUGUACUCAACUCCCUUGAUUCGAAAAGCCUGAUGGUGUGAUUACUGGAGACAAAAUUUGUCGACUGAGACCACAAAUCCCGGUCUCUCUGUGGAGACCAGGCUUUGGUCCUCACAAGGAGCAAAGGGUCCCCACAACGUAGUAUGUGUCAGGAAAAUGGUCCCCACAAGGUAUUACAAACACACGCAUG